ACACCAACGGAGUCAAGGGCAGUCAAUCUUUGCUUUCCUCCAUCUCAAUGGCUUCUCUGCUAAGCUUCAUUGCUCCACUGCUCCUCCUUCUCUCGCCGCCGAUGGCCAUCUCCGGCAAUGGGUUCGAGAUCCAAGAAGCCACAAUCGAGGCCAUCCAGCAAGCUUUCAAAGAGGGGAAGCUCACAUCCCGGCAGCUAGUACAGUACUACUCCGAUCGGAUCCAUGCCCUAAAUCCUCUUGUCCGCGCCGUAAUCGAAGUGAAUCCCGAUGCUAUUCGCCUGGCAGAGCUCGCCGAUGAGGAGAGAAACAACGCCGGAGAUCGUCAUCUCGGUUGGCUGCACGGGAUUCCGAUCCUCCUCAAGGACAACAUCGCCACCAAGGAUCAGCUCAACACCACCGCUGGCUCCUUCGCCUUGCUUGGCUCUGUUGUCCCGCGUGACGCCGGUGUUGUUCGCCGGCUGAGGAGCGCCGGAGCCAUCAUUCUCGGCAAGGCUAGUCUUAGCGAGUGGGCUGAGUUCCGAUCCUUCUCCGUCCCCGAUGGCUGGUGCGGCCGCUCCGGUCAGGGAAAGAAUCCAUACGUGUUGUCAGCGGACCCUUGUGGAUCGAGCAGCGGCUCCGCCAUCGCGGUGGCGGCGAGCAUGGCGACGGUGGCGCUGGGGACGGAGACGGACGGCUCUAUCAUCUGCCCCUCGUCUUCCAACUCGGUGGUCGGGAUUAAGCCCACCGCCGGUCUCGCCAGCCGCGCCGGCGUCAUCCCCAUCUCACCACGCCAAGACAACGUCGGACCGAUUUGUCGAACCGUAUCGGAUGCAGUCCACGUAUUAGAUGUCAUUGUUGGGUAUGAUCCGAGAGAUGAGAAUGCGACCAGUGAAGCUGCCGUAUUUAUACCGCGGAAUGGGUAUGAGAGGUUCUUGAAAACGGAUGGACUUCAAGGGAAACGGAUCGGUGUACUUAGCAAAGGCUACUUCGAUUUGUUCCCCUCAACAUCUGUACGGGCGAUAACUUUUCAGCGGCAUUUCAAUACCAUGAGGGAAAAAGGUGCUAUCUUGUUGGACAACUUGGUGAUUCCAAAGGCUAGUACUAUUGAAGAUUUCAUAGGAAAAUAUGAGGACGAGGUAUUGCGGGCGGAGUUCAAGGAAGCUAUCAAUGCUUACCUUUCAGAGUUAACAUAUUCGCCAGUUAGGUCUCUGGCUGAUCUUAUAACCUUCAACAAUAAACAUAAGGAUGAGGAAAAAAUUGGGGAAUAUGGACAGGAUAUCUUCUUGAAUUCUCAAAACAGUAGUGGAGUAGGCCCUACUGAAAGGGCAGCCAUUGCCAAAAUGAGGGUGCUCUCCAAGCAAGGACUGGAGAGGUUGAUGAAGAAAGAGAAGCUGGAUGCAGUGGUGACACCAGAGGCAUUUUUCACUUCAAUCAUGGCCAUUGGUGGAUAUCCUGGGAUCAGUGUUCCUGCAGGAUAUGGAAGAGAUGGUUCUCCUUUUGGUCUAUGUUUUACAGGAUUGAAGGGUUUUGAACCAAGGUUGAUUGAGAUUGCUUAUGCCUUUGAACAAGCUACUAACGUUCGGAAGCCACCUUCAUUCAAACCUUAAAAAUGAAGGUCAUAUUUAUCAAUACAUCAAUGCUUAUUGUGACCAAUCCAUUAGACCAUUUGCCGAAUAUGUAGUUACAUAUUUGUAUCCUGCCAAACAUUUAAAAAUGUGUCUUUGGGAGUAUGAAUACUUUUCACUCGUUGCUGUCGGAUCACUAAAGCCGACUUUCAUCCUUGCUUGAUGGGUCGGUUGUUGCUCCGUUGCCACGGAUAUUGAGGAAGAUCUAAUAAGGUAUUCAAGGAAUCAAUCUGAUUCUAUCUCUGUACCAAAGGAAGGAAUUCUUAUAUAAUAAGUCUGCAUGGAUUUUGCCUAA